UUGAUGGAACGGAGGUUUCCAUCAUUUUACACGUAUAUGUAUGUUUGUGGUUUCGGCUCCAGAAAUUGACGAAGUUUACGGCUUCACCAGCUUUGGCCUUUUUGGAGGGGUGUCCAGAACAUUUCUGCAUUGAAACAUCAAAGUAACUGCCAGUGAUGAGUAACCAGCAGUCGAGUCCAAGGCCCCAGGCUACUACCAUGGCAACGACCUCGACGACCUCAGCAACAACACCACCUUCAAACCCACCAUUAUUAGUGGAGCAAUCUAAACAUCCGAUGACAUCGCCAUCUCCUUCUCCCUCAUCGGUGCCUAUCCUCCCCCCUGCCGUCCCACCCCCUGCUGUCCCACCCCCCGCCCACCAAAGGCUCACUGUACCUUCACCAUCUAGCUCCAAUGCAUCAAGUGGCCAUUCUCCCACUGCAGGUCUUGGCCCACCUGUUCUCAGCCCAUCUCUCCAUCAACACCCCAGCCUAUACCCUAGUGGCUCCUCCCCUGUAUCAGCCACACCUGUCCCAAUGACAGUUACCAGCCCCAUUGGCAAGCAUGGUGGAAGCCUCGGGGCACUGACUGCCUCUGUCAAUGCCCUCCAGCGUCCCACCAGCACCUCGGGCCACUACCUGGUUCAGCACUCCCCUAAGAGCCCCCCCUCCACCGCCCUUGUCAGUGGCAUUCCCACGGGUAUCCGGCUGCUGCGGCCACCUCUUAAGAGCCCCUCGGGUGCCCGGUCAGACCAGGCCAUCAUCAGCACCACUCAGACACCCAUUUUCAAUCGCUCCCACCACCUGCCCACCACGGCAACCUUGACCAGUCCCUCAGGGACAACUACCAUGGUGCGGGUCACGCCUUCCAUGCAGCAGGCCAUUCAUCAUUCCCAGCAGCGUCCCCUCAUCAUUCAGCCUGGGAUGAUGAGUAACCUGGGAUUGAUCACAACGGCAGAUGGCCCCCUGAUCCGUGGGGUCACCCCAACAUGUUCCAUAGUCAACCCCACCAUGAUCAACCCUUACAAUGUCGGCCAGUCCAAGCUACAUUCUGCCCUGACUGGCUUUGGUGACGGGCACCCCCCACGAAUCCAUGUGCCACCUUCUCCUCAUGGACCCCUCAGCCUUGUUGCCCAAGUCCAACCCCAAGGCAAAGGCACCUUUACACUGCAUCCCCAGAAGACCAUUGCCACAUCAAACCUUCCCCUCCAUGCUCAAAUGAGGACAAUUGCCCCUGCCAAGUCCCCAACCUCUCAUGUCCCUUUGCAGCCCAAGCGUCCCCCACCUUAUCCCUCUGGACCCAGCAACCCCCUCUCCCAACACCCACUGUCGCCUGGUGCCUCGGAUGCUGUCAGACACAGUAACCCCAAAGUGAAGCCCCCCUCAUCAGCCCCCAAGCCUGGGCCACAAGUUAGGCCCAUCAAACCAGUGCAGCAGCAAGCUCAGACGUCGGGGGUCAAAGUGGUGAAACCGGUCCAACGGGAAAAGAAGUCCCCUCCUGCUCCAGUGCCUGUGCCCCCACUCGUUAUCCCAACAGCCCCCGUCCGGCCUGACGUGACUUCAACAGUGCAACCUCAGCUGCCACAACCCCCCGCAACCCAGCCAGAGAUAGUCAAUCCCCAGCCAAGGGCUGAGGUGGUAGGGGUGACAGAAGGGGUGGCAAGAGUGGAGAGGCAGGUCCCAAAGGCUGUUGUCAAACCCCAGGUGCUGACCCACAUCAUUGACGGAUUUAUCAUUGAAGAAUCCAAGGAGCCAUUUUCGAGCUGGAAACAGACAGGAAGCACCAGCCUACCUGGCACCAGAAUCCCUCCAUCUUCCCUGUGGACGGAUGACUACCCUCAACUUGACUCUCGCCUGCAGCGAUCUCGAAAUAACCAGGACGAGCGGCAGGAGGGAUCCCAAGCCCAGAAACGACCAGCCCCAUCGGAAGGGCGGGAUGACGCUGACCGAACUCCCCUGCGGUGUGAAUUCUGCGGCAAGGUGGACCGGCCACACAAAUUCAAGCGGUCCAAACGUUUCUGCUCCCUGUCCUGCAGCAAACGCUACAACGUGGGCUGCAGCAAGCGCCUGGGGCUCUUUGCCCCCCAGCGGGAAAACUCAGAGCGGCUCAAGCACAAGCUGAAGCUGCAGACCAAGGCCAAGCCACUGAAGGGAUCACGGGGGAAACAUGGACGGCUCAGCUUCAACGUGGACAGGCCUUGGUGUCAUCUGCUCAAUGCGAAGUCUUUCCAUCCCUUCACACAGACAGAGAGAGUCUAUGGCCAAGACCCACCCCCGGGCACCUCAGGCUCCGCCUCCCUGCCCCCUGGUGGCAAUCCCUCUUCUGCCACCACUGCCAGCCAGGACAGAGACAGCAACAGCAGCAGCCUGGGCCCCUCUGAGGGUUCCUCCUCAAUGGAAUCCUCCCUGACUUUAUCCCCAGCUCCCAACAGCGAUGCAGAAGACACCACACCACCAGUCUCGGACGAUGCAUUUGAUGACCUGGCUGGUCUCGGGGGUGACCCUGCCAAGUGGUCAGUCCAGGAUGUCUAUGAUUUCAUCCGUGAUCUGCCUGGCUGCUCAGACUAUGCUGAUGAGUUCCUCCGUCAGGAGAUUGACGGUCAGGCCCUGAUGCUUCUCAAGGAGGACCACUUGAUGACAGCCAUGAACAUGAAGCUUGGACCAGCCCUCAAGAUAAUCAGUCGCAUCUACUCAUUGAAAGAGAAACUUUAACAGACCAAGUGUGAAUGUGCAGCCAUCUUGCAUUUCCAUCGCACACAUUUGUUGCAUUCCCAUUCAAGCUUUUGCCAAGCAGCAGUCUGGUGCUUGUGUGAUCAACCUCUCUUCACUUUGAGUGUUAACAAGUAACCAGACAAAGAUGGCUGCCUUCAAACAGCAACGGUUACCGAGGAAAACCCGGGCUGACAUCUGACAGUAUUGUAUGAAACUAAUUUCCUUAAUGUCAACAUUUUUGACUGGUUUGAUAAUGUGAUGUGUCAUGUUUUGUAGAGAGAAUUGUGAUAAGCGUCCACAGUGUAGACUGAUUACUUCAAGCUUAUGGGAGUCUAUUGACCAGGUUUCUUACAGCCGGAAGUACGCAUUCAGUGAUUUGGAGGUAUUAUGUCUUGUUACCAUGCUGAGUUAGUCUUUUUAAUGCAUAAAAGCAACUUGUAACAUUUUGAAGUAAAAUUUCUGUACUUUUUUGAAAGUAGAAAUACUACAUUAUUGAAAGUGAGAGUAGAGACAAGUUAGGCAGUUUACAUGUACAAUGUUAGUGCUUGAAUGUAAUUGCUUUCAAAAUGGUUAGUGGAAAAGAAACUGUUUUCUUCACAUUGUGUUUUGUGUGAAAAUUGUAUUCUUGUUUAACUCUGUCGACUUUAAGAAAAUAUGGCUUUUCUUUAUUCAUUGUUACAAAGGUGUUACAAAGGUGUUAUCACCUAGACAUGCUUGAUAGGAUUUGCAUGCUAAAGACACCAGAAUGUCAAAUUCUGCUUUAUUUUACAGUCUUUUGAAUAUUUAUUCCAUGUUAAGUCUUGUAUAUAUAACUGUCUUACUUCUGCAGUACUUUUUUUCAACCCAAAAGGUCGGCUCAGCAACAGAUGUAAUUGGCAUGUACUUGUCACUUAAAAAGUGCAGAUGCCAUUUAUUACGGAGUCAUUCAUUGCAGUUUUACUGCAAACUGUUAGAAGUUACCCCAUCUUGGAUUUCCAGUUAUAUCGAGAUCAGCACCGUGUUCCUGGAGAGCAAACACCAACCUGUUACUCUACCACUCACCUCACAUGGCAGAGGUUGGAAUCCCACUGGGUGCACCAUGUUAGUUAUCACCUUGGUUCAUCAUUCCCAACUCAAUCAUGUUUUCUCUUUUGGACUACCUGGAGGGGCUAUCUGCAGUGGCAUUUUCUUAAGUGGUGCAUCCAGUGUUUAAGUUGGGGAUUUCCUAAAGCACGAUGAAAUUUCAAAAAGUAAAAAAUUCAAAUUUUUUCAUUUAUAAUGUUAUAUUCUUUCCCUUAAGGUGUUUGCAUUUUCAUUGCAAAAAAUGAGGGUUGGGGUCAAGGCCACCCCUGUUGAUUUCUUUUCUUGUUAACUCACCUUUCAUUCAAAGCUGGCCUGCAAAUGAACCUAUGUAGCGACUCGUUGAAAAAAAAUGACUCAAAUCAUUGGCAAUUUCAGUUUAUCUAGUAUUCAUAAAUACUUAAAACAAUUUAGCCAUUCCUAUUGGUUGAGAGCCUGUCACAUGGCCUGCCUUUAAAUGGUUGAAGAAGCACCAGCUUGCUGAUCAUUAACACUUUUUCAGUGUCACAUGAAAUUCAGACUCCUAUAAAAUCUGGUCCCUUUUCCCUUGUAUCAGUUUAACGUUCACAAUCCUCACUUGUUACGGUACCAAUGAGUCAGCAUUUUGAGAGUCCCAGAUUCACAUUAAACCGGCUUAUUGUGUUCUUUGUGCCUCACAUAGUAUGCGCCAUGUGCAUGUCAAUCUCCAUAUAACGGGAUUGUUUACAACUACUCAGGAGAGGCACAGACCAUUACAUGGGUAUUUGAAUCAAAGCAAAGGAAGUAAAAACAAUAUCAUUCAAAAUUUCUUAGUCCUUUAACUCGUAAGUUUCUGUGUUUUUGAAUGGGCAUGAAUAUACUCUGGCCAGUGUUAAACGAAUAAUGCCCCUCUUUCAGUCGGCUCUGGAUAUUAUCGUUGUCCAUUCUCCUGAUCCGGUGGUCAAGCACAUAUGAAAUAUACCAAUCGCAUGUACUUCUUGUCUUCUGCCUGAGGACACGACCACUUAUUGUUCACUAGUUUGAAUGAAAUUUUUAAGGAAUUUGUACGUUCAAAUUAAGCUGUACUACAUGGAUCCCAGAACAAAUGUGGACUUUCUAUCAGAAGUAGUCUAAUGAUUAGGACCAUCUCUGUUUUGUUUUUUUGUUACUUUGAAGCAGGAGUUUUUCUUGUGCAUUGUAUAGCCAGGAUUUUUCUUAAUGUAUUUUUACAACACUUGCCAUCAGCUUUUUCUUAAAAUUAUUUCCUCAGAGACACUAUAUUCAUGCUUUUGAUUUUUUUCGCAUUUAUCGCUUCCCAAUAAAUCAACAAACAGAAAACCCAAAAA